AUGGCCAACUUCACCGUUUCUGGAAAGACUGCCAUUAUCACCGGAGCGGGCUCUGGCAUAAACUUGUGCUUUGCCGAGCUUCUCCUCACCAAGGGCUGCAAUGUCGUCUUUGCAGACCUCACCCUCCGUCCCGAAGCAGAGCAGCUGGUCUCACAGUAUAGGUCCAAGGACAAAGCCCCGCGAGCUGUGUUCGUGCAGACAGACGUGACGUCGUGGUCCGCACUGCGCAACAUGUUUGAGGUCACGGUACGCGAGUUCGGCAGCUUCGACCUCGUCUGCCCCGGCGCUGGCGUCUACGAACCCAACUGGUCUAACUUCUGGCAUCCGCCCGGGUCGGCUGAGAGCAAAGACGAGCUCGACGCGAGCCACUAUGCACUGCUCGACAUCAACCUCACCCAUCCCAUCCGGACGACGCAACUGGCGCUAUCUUACUGGCUGCACCCGCCCGCGUCAACGUCACAGGCAUUGCUAAAAGCGUCCCCGGAGAACCCAAAGCGGGUUGUCCACGUCUCUUCCAUUGCUGCGCAGCUUCCGGUCUUUAGAGCACCCCUGUACGGCGCGUCCAAGUUUGCCAUCUCCGGCUUCGUCAGAUGCUUGGCUUCUCUCGAGUCGGCCGGUGUGCGUGUCAAUGCUGUUGCACCGGGAGUCGUGCGCACGCCGUUGUGGACGGAACACCCGGAGAAGAUGAUCUACCUGAAGGAGGAGGACGCCUGGGUUACGCCUCAAGAAGUUGCAGAGGCGAUGCUGAGCUGCGCGGAAAGCGAGGAGCACAAAGGCGGAACUAUUCUGGAGGUCGGGGCUGGGAACACGCGGCAUGUUGGCGCCUUCAACGACCCCGGACCGGACCUGUCGCCGGGCAAGGGGUUUGCCACCAGCAACUCGGCACAAGCCAACGAAGUCAUCUGGGAGUGGAUGGGAGACAGCAAGAUCUGGGCGCCUCCUGCUGCGGACAAGUCUUGA